CAGAGUCUCUGCGAGAGGCACAAGCAAACUGCCGAUAAGAGCAGUGUUCGUUCACUCCGCUCCGAAACACAACCGCUGCUGCACUCUCCCUUUCCCCAACCCCUGUUGCUUCGCGUCUUCUCCCUCCGAACAAUCUAACAUCUCCACCCCAACCGCGCGAUCGGAACCGCCGCGCGCAUCGCCAUUCCCGGCUCGGCUGAUUCCUUGUCUCCUGCGGUUUCGUGCGGUUACUGCGGUCUUCGUUCGUUGCACCUGCUGCAGUUUUCCUCCCGCUUCUUUUCCUUCCAUUUCUGAUCCUUUUCUCGGUACGCCGUUGCCUCGCCUGAUCUUCGCGAGUUCCAAGUUUCUGUUGGUGUGAUUAAUGUCUGCGGAUGUCCUGGUGUCGAGAUCCGACCCCCGCAGGAAACCACUCCUGAAUCGCGGGGAUUUUGAUUGAGUAUUCCUGCGCUUGUUGAUCCUGGCCCAAAGAUCGCAGCUUUUUCUUGGGGGUUGAAGUGAGAAAGAUCGGAGCUUUCGCCGGAGAUGGCGUUGCCGUACACCGCCUCGCCCUACGUGCUGUCGCUCCUUCUGCUGCUCUCCAUCCCGGCCGUCUUCCUCCUCGCGCCGCGCCUCAUCCCGCCCAGGACGCUCCCGGCCAUCCCGGACGCCGACGAGACGGAUGACCUCGCCCUCUUCCGCCGCGCCGUCCUCCUCUCCGCCUCGCCGUCGUCGACCGCCGCCGCCGCGUCAACAACUUCCUCCCUCUUCAGCCCCAAGCGGCCGCAGCUUAAGGUGGCGUUCCUCUUCCUCACCAACUCCGACCUCAUCUUCGCCCCGCUCUGGGAGAAGUUCUUCGCGGGGCACCACGACCUCCUCAACCUCUACGUCCACGCCGAUCCCUCCGCCGUCCUCACGCUGCCCCUGACGCCCUCUUUCCGCGGCCGCAUCAUCCCCGGCAAGGCCACCCAGCGCGCCUCCGCCACGCUCAUCUCCGCCUCGCGCCGCCUCCUCGCCACGGCGCUCCUCGACGACCCGGACAACCACUUCUUCGCGCUGCUCUCGCAGUCCUGCAUCCCGCUGCACCCGUUCCCGACCUUCUACCGCGCUCUCUUCUCCGACAAUGCCGGCCCGCGCCGCCGCCGCCGCAGCUUCAUCGAGAUCCUGGACGACGAGCCCACGCUGCACGACCGCUACUACGCGCGCGGCGACGACGUGAUGCUCCCGGAGGUGCCGUUCGAACGCUUCCGCGUCGGCUCGCAGUUCUUCGUGCUCACCAGGAGGCACGCCGUCAUGGUGGUCAGGGACAGGAGGCUCUGGAACAAGUUCAAGCUGCCGUGCCUCGUGAAGAGGAAGUACUCGUGCUACCCGGAGGAGCACUACUUCCCGACGCUGCUGGACAUGCAGGACCCCGAGGGGUGCACCAAGUUCACGCUCACGAGGGUCAACUGGACUGACUCCGUCGAUGGCCACCCGCACACGUACCAGCCAGAGGAGGUGUCCGGGGAUCUCAUCAGGGAGCUCAGGAAGUCCAAUGGAACCUACUCACACAUGUUUGCACGCAAGUUUGCUCCUGAGUGCCUCGGUCCAUUGAUGGAGAUUGCCGACUCCGUCAUACUGCGGAACUAGGCUUUGUCGUACCGGGCACUCCAGUGCCCGUUUGCAGAGCUGAAAGCGCUGAGGGUUGUGAUGUGAUGAACAAGCGCAAGCUGAUCCAUCCAUUCUCUUUCAAAUCCUUCAGAGAUGAGCAACGAACACCAAACCGACUUUGCUUUGUUCGUGUAAUUGCUCCUGGCAAAAGAGGGCGCCACUCCUCAGAGAGUAUGAUCGUGGGGUGGCGAAGGGCCCCAGCUGCCUCCAUGUUAGUAUUUUUGUGUGUUCUGUAGUUUCUUUCUUUCCAAUUCAAGCUGAGUGGUGUCAGAAGAUGAGGGAGGAGUUGUUGGCACGUAAUAGGUAGUAAUUAGCAUGAUCAUCCUAUGUAUUAGCAUGGAGGCAAUCUGUCGAUACAUGCAGUGAUGGUUUGUAGUAUCUGUUACAUAUGUACAUAUGUCAAUAUCACGCCUUCUUAAAAUGUA